AAUUCUGUUUCCAACAUAUAUCCAAAGACACAAAUAACACACACAUUUUCAACUGUCAAAAUGAAGCUACAACAACCACUUAACUUGUUAAUGCUCGUUCUAUUCUUCUUGUUUGCUAAUUUUCCUUCCAAUGCAAAAGGGUCACUGCUACCAUUUAUAGACUCUCCCAACACUCUCUUAUCUGAUCUCUGGUCAGACCGUUUCCCUGAUCCAUUUCGUGUCUUAGAACAAAUCCCUUUCGGAGUCGAAAAAGACGAACAAACCAUGGCUCUCUCACCUGCCAGAGUGGACUGGAAGGAAACUCCAGAGGGACAUGUUAUAAUGCUCGACGUGCCCGGGUUGACAAAAGAUGAUAUCAAGAUUGAAGUUGAACAGAAUAGGGUGUUGAGAGUUAGUGGUGAAAGGAAGAAAGAAGAGGAAAAAAAGGGUGAUCAUUGGCAUAGAGUGGAAAGGUCUUAUGGAAAAUUUUGGAGACAGUUUAGAUUGCCUGAGAAUGUUGAUUUGGAUUCUGUUAAGGCUAAGAUGGAAAAUGGUGUGCUUACUUUGACACUUGAUAAGUUGUCACGUGAUAAGAUUAAAGGUCCUAGAUUGGUUACCAUUGCUAAUGAUGGGGAGAAUCACCAACCAUCUAAGUUUAAGCAGGAGCUUUGAAAUAGUAAUUGUGUCAUUGUGUUUGAGUAUCAUAAAUGUUUUUUAAUAGUGUGUUUGAUUUCUGAAUAACUAAGAUGUUUGUUGUUGUGAUGGAAUGACUCACUCGUUGAUCAUAUGAGUGUGUCUAGUGUUAUAAAGGCUCUCUUAAUCUCUUAAUGAAUGAAUACUACUUUUGUUCUUGUCUCUUUA